GAGGCGCAGCUCUGAGCUGCAGUAGCACUCGCGGCCCGAGAGCUGGAGCCGGAGCUGGUCCCCGAACCCAGCGAGAGAGGAGAGAGCGGGGCGGAGAGGCGGCCACCGGCGGCGGGAGGGAGGGACCAGAGCGCGCCCCGCGGCCGCCAGCCCGGGAUCCUCACAGCCUCGCCCCGUCGGUCUGUCGGAGUCGGCCCCGGGGAGGGGGCCCCGGGCGGCGCCCGUCCCACCCUCGCUGCCCGGGGCGCGCCGGCGUGCGGUUACAGGCACCGUGGGAAUCCCGGCCCGCGCCAGCCGCUGCUCCAUGCGGCCCCGACCUCUGCGCGGGUGAAGCCGCGGCUCCGCGGAGCCCGCCACGGGCAGAGGCAGGACGAGUGAGCAAGUCGCGCCGCCCGGCGCCCCCUCCCUCCGGCGCCCGGGCAAUGGCCGGAGAUGCCCGGUGAAGACCAGGGCGCCGAGGGCUGGGCUCCCCGGCGCGGUGUGGAGCGAGGCAGCGGCCUGGAUGUGUGAAGGGUCCUCAUGGCUCUGCAGGAGGCGAAGCCCCGGGGCCCGAGGGAAACCGGGCCGGCGGCGCAGGGGCCCAGGGGCCGGCCCCGGGCGCAUGGGCUCGGCCAGGCCGGCUGGGCAGCCGCGCGCUGCCAGGGCGUGAGGAGCCCCGGAGUCGGUGGGUCCCAGGAUGCGCCGCCGCCGCCGCUGCCGCCGCUGCUACUGGGACUCCUGCUGCUGGCGGCCCUUCCAGAGCAUUGCCGGGCGGACCCGGGAACAGAUAAUCUGCAGAUCCACGUCACCCCAACCCCGGAGUCAUUUUCUCAUGGGAAGUUGUUACCAAUUUCACCAACAUGGCCUUUCUCGGAAGUCAAGUCUUCCUUGGCAGUGGACAGAAUCAAGAAUGGGCUGGAACAGUCCCCUGACAACACGAGCUUGCUACAGUUAGCCCAGACACCUCCACCCAGGGCACACCGCAGGACCAGGGCUCACGUGGACUUCUCUUCUUCCCUUUACCAAGGAAGCGGACAGAGCGCCUCCCUAGAGCCUUCUAAGGAUUCCAGCGAGUCCCUGGUCCAAUCGAGGCCUCCAGGGGGAAGAGAAGCAGCGGACGUGUCAGGUUUGCCUCACGCCCGCAUGCUUCCCCCGUGGUCCACAGUCCCAUCAGCGACCUUGAGUGCCGUCCCCCCAUCUCAGCCGCGGGUAGGGACUCCUUCCCUUCCAGAGCAUCCCCUGAGAUCAGGUGUGCUCCCACUUCUUCCUCCACCUUCAUCCUCUCCAUUGACCCCUGACUCACCUCAUUCCAUCACCCCCUCUAAGCCAGCAGAACGGUCCACCCAUGUGCCUUCAUUCACCUCAAUACCUCUACCUGACUCCUCAGCUCGGAUGUUAGCUAAGGCCCUAAACCCAGUUUUUGACAAAAUGAACCACACUCCAUCCCAAAAUGACCAGGGUUCCAUAGGUGUCCCUCAUCUAGGUGUUUCUGGAUCCUCAACAGAGCAGUACUCUGAGCUGUCCCCAACAGAGGGUCCCCAGUCUACAGGCUCACCCACACCUGGGGAUUUGAGCUCCAUGGCAGAAUUGGCCCAUCUGCCUCCCACUUCCCUAGCACCUAGAGGUCUUCCUCAGCUUCCAGGUGAGACCCCCUCAUGGUCCAUGUUGGAAGUGGCUUCAAGUCCUGCAUCCACCCACCCAAUCCACACUGCGGGGGUUAAAAGAGCACACAAUGGGGUGUCUUUGCCAACUUUUAAGAGCACGGCAGCAGCGACUCAGGAGGCUGAGCUUUCAUUUGUUCGGACUACAGAAUCAGUGACCGUAGAAAUGACCAGCAGAAAGCUAGCCCCUGCUACUACUGCAAAUGACUCUGCUAACCCACCGCAUUUGUCAGCAGAUCCAGAGAAUUCCAGAAGGCCUGCCCUUUCAACUGAACACACAUCUUUGGUGUCUGCUCUGCUGCCUUUCACUGCACUGGGUCAAGGGCAAGCCAUCUUUUCUGGGCCAGUUCCUGCAUCACCAUCAAAUGGGAAAGGCCACCUUCCCUCCACAGUUACUGUCCUUCAGCCUGCAGAGGAGCACACCUCUCCGUCCCUUGUACCGGAAAUGCCCACACCUCGAGAAGACAGCAGUGAUGGAUCCCCUCCCACAGCCACAGACUUCCUCCUCUCGAGCAAACUUCCUAAUCUUCUCUCCACAACUUGGACAUUUCCCUGGCAGAAAGAGGUCGGUGUGACAGCCUUUUUAGGGAAAAAAAGAAGGACAAAUGUGAUGGUUCCUUUCCAGGCUCUUCCAAGUAAAGAAGUUUUGAAUCUUCACACUGUAAAUGGAUUCAGCUCUGACUUCAGUACUGCUCCUAUUUCAUCUCCUGUCAUUACAACAUCAGGAACAAACCUCCUUCCUUCAGGAUCACCUCCAGCUUCCAUGCCCACCAUUCAAACCACCCAUGUGGUUUUCCCAUCUCCUGGCUUUUCCAGCACCAAGCUGGAGACUGACACAGCUGCUGUGGGCCAUUCUGAAUUGCCAGUUUCUGCUUCCAAACAGGUGACAGCAUCUCCCUCCUCCACUGAUGUCGAUGAUUUCUCAACAAUGGGAGACAUGAAAAAGCCAACAACCACAGAUGUUUUCUGGAGUUCUUUUUCAGCAGAAACAGGAACCCUUUCCAGAGAAUCAACAAUAUCUGGCUUGCAACAGCAAACAAGUUAUGAUCCAAAUGGCCACACAAUUAACUCUGCAAGUUGGGGAAUUCUUUCAGCUUCCACUUCUCUUCCCAGUGGUUUAACUUCAGCUGCCAAUGCAGUAAGAUCUCAGAACAUCAAAGGUACUGCUGAGCAUUCAGUGGCUGUAGAAGGCUCUCAUAUCCAGGAUCUGGUCCUUGGGACAGACACCAACCAGCCUGUGCAGCAGUCAGAUGUAACCUUGGCUGGAAAUCAUACUGACCUCUGGCCCACAAGCCAUAACAACCACCCCAGAGACUUCCAAACAGCCAAGGUUGAAUAUUACCCAUCCACACGUCAACAUUCUGCCCAGUCAAGCCAUCCUUUUUGGCUGACCUGGUCACGUCGAUCUUCUACAACUAGCUUGCAGGACAUGCUUUCAGAUGGAACGGAUACAGGGUCCCAAAUUCCCAGUGACAUCUAUCCAUCAACAGGAAUAAAUGCUUCCACAUCAUUCCAGAGCAAUCUUGGCUAUCACUCAGCUGCUGAAUCUCCUUCUAUAUCAACCAGUGCCUUUCCCAGGACCCCCUCCAAAGUGCUACAAGCUUCUCAGCACCCCAAGAAAUGGACAGGUGCAACCACUAAUGCAGUGGACUCCUCGGUGUCAUCCAAGGUAGGGCCAACAGCAGCGGCGGCAGCGGCAGCCACGUUGUUUCUGAGGAAAUCAAGUCCACCGGCGCUGUCUGCGGCUCUGGUCGCUAAGGGCACUGGCAGCAGUGGCUUAGCCAAGAGCAGUUCAACCACUGCUCUAGCUAAAAAUGUCACCAACAAGGCAGCAUCUGGCUCAAAGGCAACAGCAGGGGCAGUCCAUACGGCCUUCCCGUUCACGCCAACCUACAUGUUUGCCAGAACAGCACACACCAUGAGCACACACACAGCCAUGCCGGGGAACACGGGCGCUGCCUCUGGCCUAUUGUCCACAACACACCUCCCCAGGAAACCACAAGCCAUGCACACCGGCCUCCCAAACCCCACCAAGCCAGAGACGCCGAGAGCAUCCACCCCUCGCCCGCUGACGGUCACCGCAGCGUUGACAUCCAUGACGGCCUCAGUAAAGGCUACCCGGUUGCCACCUUUACAAGCAGAAAACACGGAUGCUUCUCUUCCUGCUUCAUCGACUGCGGUGGUCACAACUGGCAAAAUGGUGUCCAACCUGGAAUGUCAGAUGUCCGAUAAACUCCUGGUGAAGACAGUUCUCUUUCUAACCCAGAGGAGAGGGCAGAGCAUUGAGUCCUUGAAGCUCAAUGUAGCCAGAGGGCUCACGCAGGCAUUGCGGAAGGCUUUCCACCAGAACGACGUCUCUGCUCACGUGGACAUUCUGGAACAUUCUCAUAACAUCACAGUUGGUUAUUAUGCCACCAAAGGAAGGUUGGUAUACUUGCCUGCCGUUGUGAUAGAAAUGCUGGGUGUUUAUGGAGUCAGCAACGUCACUGCAGAUCUGAAGCAACAUACCCCAAACUUACAGUCUGUGGCCGUCCUUGCCUCCCCAUGGAAGCCCCAGCCUGCAGGCUACUUCCAGCUGAAAACAGUGCUGCAGUUUGUGAGCCAGUCAGAUAACAUACAUUCCUGCAAGUUUGCUCAGACCAUGGAGCAGAGGCUGCAGAAGGCAUUCCAGGAUGCAGAGAGGAAGGUCCUGAAUACCAAAAGCAACCUGAUGGUUCAGAUUGUGAGCACGUCCAACGCCUCCCAGGCUGUCACCUUGGUGUACGUCGUGGGCAAUCAGAGCACAUUCCUCAAUGGCACGGUGGCCAGCAGCCUCCUGAGCCAGCUCUCAGCCGAGCUGGUGGGCUUCUACCUCACCUACCCGCCACUCACCAUUGCCGAACCACUGGAAUAUCCCAACCUUGAUAUAUCAGAAACAACUAGAGACUAUUGGGUAAUUACAGUGCUGCAGGGCGUGGACAAUUCGCUGGUGGGCCUGUACAACCAGAGUUUUGCGCGGGUCAUGGAGCAACGCCUGGCCCAGCUCUUCAUGAUGUCCCAGCAACAAGGUCGACGGUUUAAACGGGCUACCACUCUGGGAAGUUACACUGUGCAGAUGGUAAAGAUGCAGCGUGUGCCAGGACCAAAGGACCCAGCAGAGCUGACUUACUACACCCUGUACAACGGGAAGCCACUGCUGGGGACCGCAGCUGCCAAGAUCCUGAGCACCAUUGACUCCCAAAGGAUGGCCUUGACUCUGCAUCACGUUGUCCUUCUGCAAGCUGACCCUGUGGUGAAGAACCCACCUAACAACCUGUGGAUCAUUGCGGCCGUGCUGGCGCCCAUCGCGGUGGUCACGGUCAUCAUCUUCAUCAUCACGGCUGUGCUCUGCAGGAAGAACAAGAACGACUUCAAGCCGGACACUAUGAUAAACCUGCCUCAGAGAGCAAAGCCUGUGCAAGGCUUUGACUAUGCCAAGCAGCACCUGGGCCAGCAAGGGGCGGAUGAGGAGGUCAUCCCUGUGACUCAGGAAACGGUGGUCCUCCCCCUGCCUGUUCGAGAUGCUCCUCAGGAAAGAGACGUUGCUCAGGAUGGGAGCACCAUCAAGACGGCCCAGUCCACUGAAACCAGAAAAAGCAGGUCGCCCAGUGAGACUGGCUCUGUCAUCAGCAACGAAUCAGGGAAGCCCAGCUCAGGGAGACGCUCACCCCAGAACGUAAUGGCACAGCAGAAAGUGACAAAGGAGGAGGCAAGGAAGAGAAAUGUGCCAGCGAGUGAUGAAGAGGAGGGACCCGUCCUCUUUGACAGCUCUGGCAAGGUGGCUGCUGAUCCCUUCGACACAUCCUCUGGGUCUGUGCAGCUCAUUGCAAUCAAACCUGCGGCCCUCCCCGUGGUGCACCCCACCUCCGACCGGAGCCAGGAGGCCUCAGCCGUCCUCAACGGGGAGGUGAACAAAGCCCUGAAACAGAAGUCAGACAUCGAGCACUAUCGGAACAAACUGCGCCUCAAAGCCAAGAGGAAGGGGUACUACGACUUCCCCCCAGUGGAGGCAAAUAAGGGUCUGACAGAAAGAAAAAAGAUGUAUGAAAAAGCCCCAAAGGAAAUGGAGCAUGUUUUGGAUCCAGACCCGGAACUGUGUGCUCCAUUCGCAGAGUCUAAAAACAGGCAACAGAUGAAGAACUCUGUCUACCGAAGCCGGCAGUCUCUGAACAGCCCAAGUCCAGGAGAAACUGAGAUGGACCUUCUGGUCACUCGAGAGCGACCCCGGCGUGGCAUCCGUAACAGUGGAUACGAUACUGAACCUGAAAUCAUAGAGGAAACCAACGUCGACAGAGUUCAUGAGCCCCGGGGCUAUGCCAGGUCGCGGCAGGUGAAAGGCCACUCGGAGACCUCCACGCUGAGCUCCCAGCCCUCCAUCGAUGAGGUCCGGCAACAGAUGCACAUGCUCCUGGAGGAGGCCUUCAGCCUGGCGUCCGCAGGCCACGCAGGCCAGAGCCGGCACCAGGAGGCCUAUGGCUCUGCCCAGCACCUGCCCUACUCGGAGGUGGUGACCAGCGCACCAGGGACCAUGACGCGGCCCAGGGCCGGGGUGCAGUGGGUGCCCACCUACCGCCCUGAAAUGUACCAGUACAGUCUGCCCCGACCGGCCUACAGGUUUUCCCAGCUUCCUGAGAUGGUCAUGGGCUCUCCCCCUCCUCCCGUACCUCCCCGGACUGGCCCCGUGGCUGUCGCUUCUCUCAGGCGGUCCACCUCAGACAUCGGCAGCAAGACCCGAAUGGCCGAGUCUACGGGGCCUGAGCCAGCCCAGCUGCACGACAGCGCCUCCUUUGCCCAGGUGUCCAGAGGCCCCGUGUCUGUGGCACAGUUGGAUCAAUCGGCUUUAAAUUACUCAGGUAACACAGUGCCAGCAGUGUUCGCCAUCCCUGCUGCCAACAGACCUGGCUUCACUGGCUACUUCAUCCCGACACCUCCCUCAUCCUACAGGAGCCAAGCCUGGAUGUCCUACGCGGGAGAGAAUGAGCUCCCAAGCCAGUGGGCCGAUUCGGUCCCCCUCCCCGGGUACAUCGAGGCCUACCCCCGGUCACGGUAUCAACAGAGCUCACCCUCCAGGCUCCCUCGCCAGUAUAGCCAGCCGGCCAACCUGCACCCCAGCCUGGAGCAGGCUCCGGUGCCCUCUGCAGCAGCCUCACAGCAGAGCCUGGCAGAGAACGACCCAUCUGACGCCCCCCUGACCAACAUCUCCACCGCAGCCCUUGUGAAGGCCAUCCGGGAGGAGGUGGCCAAGCUGGCCAAGAAGCAGACGGACAUGUUUGAGUUCCAGGUCUAACGCCUUAGCCCCGUGGGACUCUGCACUUCUAGACUUCACGGAAGCAGGCUUUGGGUCACUCACGCCCAAUGUGUGGGGCCUGGAGACGUAGACAAUGGGUGAAUCUCACCCUCAGUUUCAGAAAAGGUGAACAGGAGGGCUUCUGAAAAACAGAGGACAUUCAUGAACGGCUGGAUUCUUGGUUUGUGCAGCUGAUGGCAGUCAAGAUGUCCCUGCUUGGGACCAUACAUGUGAUACUGUGUUGCACCAAAUGUUUGAAGCGUGGGUGUAUUUCCCUAAGGAGCCUUAGUCACCAGAGGCACAGGCUAAUGUACAGAUUCCUGUCCAAUGCUACAUUUUAACAAAUCACCAGAAGGGGGAGAACAUAGCUCUAUCUUCGGUGACCUCUGCAUGUUAACUCUUUCUGUGUUAAAGGCAAUGUAGGAGUGUGAAUUAAGCACCAGCCUGUACUGUCUCAUUCAGCCAUGACCAUGAUCACUAACAUCAUCUCUAGUCUGUAAGGGAGACACUGACUCCAGCCAAGAAACUUGAGCUCCUUUGCUUUUAAAGGCUCAUAUUCAAAGUCAAAUGAAUUGGAUGAAAAUCAGUACCAGUGGCUAUGCCUAUAAAUAGUCCUGACUCUUUCUUUUCCCCUGCGAAUUAAAGGUGGAGAAAGAGAGAAGAUGGGCAGGAAUGGUGGAUUCGUGUUGACAGAGUUUUUAAAAGGUGUUGUCAUUUUGGAAAUAGAGUACCCUAUAAGUUGGGACCUAAUGGAAAGAGAAUCAGUGCUAAGAGCUUUUAGGGUCCUACAAAAGAAAACAUUUGUGGUGGUUUUUCUUUGCCUGCAUUGAAGGUGGCACAAGAACAGAGCUUCUCUCUUUGGGGUGAUAAUAGGUGCGUUGAUUUUCACAAGAAAAUCUGUCUCUUCAACAGGGAUGACCAGCAUGUGCUGCGGAAUGUACAAAAGGAAGUAGUCAUCGAUUCUAGUUAGAAACUCGAGUUGUAACUUAGCAGUCUGUUUAUAGAAGCUUCCAAAUAUAGAAAAUCUGUUGACACAGUUUCACUAUAAAUAACCUUUUACUAAGUGUAUGGAGUUUACCAGUUCUCCAUAGUUGAUGGAUGCAGGAGGACACUUGCUAAAAUGACAGGAAUCCUACCUUUUGUGACCAGGAUGUUCUGUGUCACCCUCCCUGGCAUGGAGAGUUGGCCUCUAGACCUCUGGGUGGAAGACAUUGCCCACAGCACUGGAGUGCCAGCCUCUGAUUACCCAUCAUGCAAACAAGACAGCUACUGACUGUGGGUUACAGAGGAACUGGGGGCACUUGGCUCCCUGCCUGACUUUGGGAGCCAUGUGUGGUGUUGGGGGCUUGUUUGGUGUCUGUUGGAGAACGAGGUCCUGUCCUGCCUUCACCCAUGAUCCAUCAGCUUCAGCUUCCCCAUUCUCUUCCGAGUCUACCUUCCCAUUUUCCUCAUGAGUUUCUUUGGUCUUUACUGAAAGAAGCAGGUGGAAAUAGGAAAGUUGAGGGAAGAGUAGGAACAGAACUGAUUCCAAUGGGAGGUUCAAGCUGUCAAAGCACAGGUUUUUCCAAGAAGCUGUUUUUAUUUCCCAAUGGCAAAUAGCCCUUUCUGGAAUGUUUAGAGAUGAUGCGUCAUGGAAUCCCCAAACAAGACUCUUAUUCGGAUGAUAUUAGGUAGCGUCCUUUCAGUAUGCUGGUUGAUCUUUCAUAGUGUUAGUUUUUUGUUACUUAAAAAGAAAUCAGCUAUAAAUAAAAUGUAUUUUUGUAAUUUCCACGUGUAUAUAUGGUAUAUUUCUACCAAUGGCCAGUUGUUGUAGUCCAAAACCUAAGUCAGCUUGCAGAACACUAUGGACAGUGCGAGAUUUUAUUGACAGAUUCACACGAUGCCUAAGGCUAUCCAAAAAGGCAUCUGAUACACUUGAAUGAACAAAGAGCCAAAGAAACUCAGCCUUUUCAUGCAAAUGAUAUGAGUCUGAUAAAAUCAGCUACAUUGUCCUGCUUUAUCAAUAAUAUCAAUGUUUCAUCAGUGCAAUGAUAUUAAUCCAGUACUUUGUCUGCUUGGUAAAUGCCUGGAAAUACUGUAUGCAAAAAUGAAAUUUCAAGACCUCAGUAUCAUUGAAAUAUAUGUACAUGUUUCAAAAGACAGUGUCUGAGCUUUGGAUGUUCCACUGACAUACAGACCAUGAAUCUAUAGUUUGCAAUGGUGUGGCUCCAGAUGGCUAAGAGGAUGGAGCUACAGAUCAUCGCAACCUUUGCAGAAGUAGGUGGUCCCCAUAGGUAAUGUUUGAGAAAAUUAAAAUAUAGUAUACUGAACCAAACACUUUCUUAGAUCAGACACCAUGGGUUCAAGACAAGUAUUUGAGAGGGAAAACUUACAUUGAAAAGAAAUCUGUUCGUGUUCCCCCACCAAUGGGGAAGCAGAGUCAUUGUGUUGGUUUUCUGGGACUAAGAUGUGUUCCCUUCUCUGAAGAGUCUCCUAACCUUAUGGAGAUGACAGAUGCCUGGACAGGUGACUCUGAGAAAAGACAGAUUGGUCAAAAGUGCCUCAUGGAGGGAAAAAUAGGAUUCCAUGACAGCCUAGAGGAGGCAGCAAUGACCUGUGUUCAUUGUGAUCCUCCAGGCAGACUCGGAAGCCAUAGUGGACCUCGUGACUUGGAGGAGGAAGCAGAAGUGGAGUGACUGGCCUGAGGAUCCAGCCCACGCCAAUGGAUUCACCAUUUGACCUGCUUCCAUCUUCCACGCUAACGUCAGCGACACAUUCCUUUGUGCCUGGAAGUUUGAAAACUAGACAAGGGUCAUAUGAGGGACUCCAUAAUGUUCUUGCCAAGGAAACAGAUGGUCGAGUAUGUAAGGAACUUUGGAUAUAGUGUACAGAGGACAAUACCCUUGGGGCUUAAUAAACAUUUUCUCAGCACUGGUUUUGAUGCAAGUUGUUCUGCAUUCAUGAAAAAGAGAUGCAUUUUGGCCUUCCCCAGAGAGUACUGUCCAGGAAACGGUGUCCUCGGCUGUUGUUCAGAACUGAACAGGGGUGAAUUCUUCCCUUGGUACCGUGGAUCCACACAGGCAGGAGGGCACUGACAGCUUGUCAUUGUGAGGUAGCAGAUGCUGUGUUCCGCAUCUGGGGAGACGAUCCACUGGUACAGGAACACAGAGGUCUAUUGCAUGGCCUGGCACCUGUGAUAUGAGGCAUGUGCAAUAACAAGAUGGCAGCUGUUACCUGUGAGGAAGAAGCUGCCUCUUCAAGGGUGGAUUAUGUAAGAAUUAAUUCUCUAGUCUUGGGAGAAGUUAUCUUGUGCAUUUGUUAUUUUAAGAAUCCAGCAAAAGGGCAUGUAGCUUCUGAAUAAUCUAGACAGAAGAAAUGAAAUCAUUAGAUAUUACACAUAUGAUUUUUAAAAAAACCUUCUGAGAGAGAACGUGUAGAAUAGAAGGGGCAAGGAUUUUAAAUCCCUUCUGAAAGAAAUGCUUUUCUAACUUUGAGGCAGAAAUUGGAGAAAUGGAUCAAAAUUUUGAAUACCGAUUAAUACUGAUUACAUAUAAAUAAACUUCAAUUGUUUUCUACGUAGCACAGAGGUGCUCAAAGUUCAAUGAAUGCAAUUUUUAAAGUUUGAGAACAGGACUUGAACCGAACACUAAUUCCUCCUACCACACACAAAGUACAGCCAAACACUUUAAAGAACGAUAAUAAUUUAGCGUGGAGGAGUGACUGAGUGGGUCUAAGUGUUGGAACUUAAAUUCUUCCCUUUAGUCCAACCUCAAAGGUAUUCUGGUCAAGGAACAUGCAAGGACGAGAAACCCGUUUACACUUGCUCAAAUGUUGAGGUUGACUGAAAGAAUUCAGGGACAUUCCAUAGGAACAAACGCAGCUCCUGGUGGCAAGGGAUGGAGGCAGCUGUCCUGGCUCUUGCACUCACGCUCUCUCACGUUCUCGCUCAUCUGUUUCUCUCUGCACAUCUGCUGGGAUCUCGUGCUUCCCGUGGCUCACUCAGUAGUGCAUAGGUAGCUGACAAACCCACCCCAGGAGCCACUCCACUCCACCUUUCCUUCCUUCCCAGUGCCCACCACUCUGACUAGCAUCUCUGUGCCCCCUCAAGUGAAUUCUGAAGAAUCUGAUGGGUCCAGUUCUUCUGGCUCUGGAUGAGCCUCCCUGGGGUCAGGUGCCUGCCUAUCCAAUCAGCCAUGACCUGGGAGGCAGGGUCAUGUCAUAAAGCAUGGCUCCCUGGGUUGACCCUUUUGAGGGGAAAUUUGGUGUGUUGGGGGGUUAGUACCCAGAGAAAGGAGUAUGACUGGGCAGGACCUUCUAAGGGAACCUACUGCACACUGGAAAUGACCAGUUCUGCUAGCGUGCUACACAGAAGCCAGUAUUCAGAGGGCAAUGCCUAUGGAUACUGCCAAAGAGAGGGAGCAUUCCUCACUUGCAUAUCGGGUGAGAACACAUCCACUUGAGACCCUAGGAGACUGGAACUGCCCUGGCACCGCUGACCCCAACACCAGUUACUGAAUGCUGCUGCUGGGCCUAAGAAGGGACUUCUGACCAAGGCCCAGUUAGCACAAGGUCUUGCUCAGCAGACAAUAAAUACUUGUAAAUUGAAUUGCAUGAUCUUAGCUCAGGUGCUAUUAACGUGGCUCAUGCCACACACUUGCAUGGAUGAGAAAACCAAUGAGCCUCUCUAUAGUCUUUUGAAACAAAAUUGGUUUCAAGUGAAAUUGAUAUUACAGUGGCUCUGACCUUCUGGAUGUAAUAAGUUAGUGUCCUGAGAAUUGAAAGGUCUCUUGAUUUCUUAGGUGAACUCUUACAGAAUGCUAGCCAGGAUUAAUACUAAAAUAUAGGGUGUUUCUGAGAAGGAAUAUUUAGGAAAUAUAAUUAUGCCAGAAAUAAAUUCUCUUAGGAGAUAUUGAGUUGCUUUGGUUCUGCAGGUUUUAAAGAUGAAGAAAUUUUUAAUACAGCAGAAUUUGUCUCCAAAGGUCAGACCUAUACUUUAGUGAGAGCCAUUAUACAAUGAAAUCUAGAAAUUGAUUAUUUUCAUUCUCUAACUUUGGUCACAGACUUUUGUAAAUCAUGGAGGGAGGCCAUCAGUAUAUUUUACAUACAUUAACUUUGGCCUCACUUACUUUUCCUCAACUCUUCCUUGUGUCUAAACUCACCUCCAAACCCCACACAAUUUGAGUGAAGAAGACAUUUGUACCCAACCGAAUCAAUGGACUGGAAAUUUUAAAGAGGUGUAAAUAUUCUAGACUUUGAGUGACUCACUCUGAAUUUGUCUUUAAUUCCUCAUCCGUCAAAUGGGUAUAACAACAUCUCUAUGUCCUUCCUCCCUUGCUGGUUGUGAGGAACACAUAGCAUAAUGUAACUGAAAAUGGUUCGAGAAGAGUAUUUGAAAGAAUUCCCUGUAAAGUAUUAGCUUCACAAUUCAGUUUUAUCCAGCAAAAUAGUUUAGCUCCUCCAACCACUGAAUUGAUUUGUAUUGUCAUGUGCUCCAUGACAAAACUUCUUGGCAAGGAAAAAUAAAAGAAAUUCCUAAGUUUGGGAUUGCCCACAAAAGCCAGCCCCACACGGAGUUGCUGUUGUCGUUGUCGUCUGUGAUUUCGAGGGUGAGUAAGUACUUGUACGUGUGCUUUCACUCUGGGUGAAAAGCCCAGACCAGUGAUUCUUUCAAAUCACGUUAGACACGUUGGGCAAAGUACUGAGCAGAAGCUUUGAAUGUAGCUGUUGUUAUUUUAAUGCUUUGCUUUCUAAUUAACUUUGUACGUCCUUUGCCUCUGCCGGGAACAGAGUGUUCAUAUGCUGUUAGAAUUUUUUAUUGUAAAAUAAAAUGACAAAGGCUUUCAUACCCCAAA